UCUCCCUCUAUUGAAUUUUCCCCUUUGCAGCAUCAGUAGCACAGAGGCGGCCUCCGACCACAGUACGUUGUUCCUGCUCUCCCCUCUGUGUAUGUGCGUGUGCGUGUGUGUGUGCGUGUUUUCUAAGGUUGGGAAGAAGCCAGGCUACGCACACGGACAGCAACUAAACACGAGCCAAACAAAACGCGCCGCCGGUCACCGGAGGGGACUCGUCAGUUUUCCGUGCUGCAGCAUCUCGGGGGAGAAAACAGAACAAGAUGUCAGCCAGAGGCGGAAAGAAGAAGGCCACCAAGCUGUCCCGCUCAUCCAGGGCGGGCGUCAUCUUUCCUGUGGGGAGGAUGAUGAGGUACCUGCGCACUGGCACGCACAAAUACCGCAUCGGCAUGGGGGCGCCUGUCUACAUGGCAGCGGUCAUCGAGUACCUGGCAGCUGAAAUCUUGGAGCUGGCAGGAAACGCAGCACGGGACAACAAGAAAGGACGAAUAACUCCCAGGCACAUCAAGCUGGCUGUGGCCAACGACGAGGAGCUCAACCAGCUUCUACGGGGGGUGACCAUAUCAAACGGAGGGGUGUUGCCUCGCAUCCACCCGGAGCUGCUCUCAAAGAAGAGGGGGGCCAGGGUGAAAGUGGACCAGUCAUCCAUCCCUGAGAAACAGGAAGAGCGCUCAAAGAGCAAGAAGCCCGUCAAAACCGUCAAGAAGGUCAAAGGCAAACGAGGCCGAAAGCCAAAGAGCACAGACAACGACAAAGAGUCUGUACCAAACUCCACAGCUGAGGACGGUCCUGGAGACGGAUUCACCAUCCUGUCAGCGAAGAGCCUCUUCCUGGGACAAAAGCUUUCACUAACAGAGAGUGAAAUCAGUAAAAUCGGAACAAUCAAGGUGGAAGGAAUAAUCAACCCGACAAAUGCAGAGAUGGACCUCAAGGACGGAGUUGGCAACGCUCUGGAGAAGGCUGGAGGCCGGGAGUUCCUGGAUGGAGUGAAGGAGCUGCGGAAAGCACAGGGGCCCUUGGAGGUGACAUCAGUGGCAGUGAGCCAGGCCAACGGGAUGGCAGCGCGCUUUGUCAUCCACUGCAACGUCCCUCAGUGGGGCUCGGAGAAGUGUGAAGACCAGCUGGAGAAGACGGUAAAGAACUGUCUCUCAGCAGCAGAGGAGAAGAAGCUCAAGUCUGUAGCUUUCCCUUCACUUCCUGCUGGACGGAACGGCUUCCCAAAGCAAACCGCCGCCCAGCUCAUCCUCAAGGCCAUCUCCAACCAUUUCGUGUCGUCCACCAGCUCCUCCCUGAAAAACAUUUACUUUGUUCUGUUUGACAGUGAGAGCAUCGGAAUAUACCUUCAGGAAAUGGCAAAGCUGGACGCCAAGUGAGGAGUCCUGUUUCAGGCAUUUGUUUUUCUAAGUGUUGUUUGUUGCUGAUGGUGUAGAUAGGUGACAGUAGGGAUUUUGGAUCUGUCUUGGUUAAUGAGGAAUAAAAAAAAAAAUAUUUGUGAGUGGAGUGUUGUUCACGUUUAUGUUCCACUGUCCCUUCAAGAGAUUGCAUUAUUUCUAGAUUAGAUAACUUAAAUCCGUACAGUUUGCUGUUAUGGUUCCUUCUUUCACCGAUGUUUUUACAUUCCAUGUACAAAUAUAACAGUUUUUUUUCCUGGCCUCUGUAGUUUCUGAUACAGUUAGUUUACUAAAAAAAUAAAUAAAAAAAAUGUGGUUCUCAUUUUGCUUUGAAAUAAAAACCCAAAUGUUUUACACCAGA